AUGACUCUCUCCCGCGCGGCAUAUGCUGCCUGCGGCUUGGCUAAAGUGGAUGACAAUGCCAUCAUCGAAAGUGGCAGCAACUGCAGCUCCGGGGCCGUCCUGUCUCUGGACUCGUUACUGUUCGGUGGCGGCGCCGACGACCUGGGCCCUCAGGACCUCGAUUCGCCCUGCUUUGACGUGGGGCCAGCCACGCCUUCUUGUCAGGCCAUCUGGGCAGCGGAUCAGGUCGUCGGUGCAUCUUUUGCGCAGCUCGGCGUGCCGCGGACCAACCUGGGUGCCCUGAGCGUAUCUGCCCAGGGCCCAGAGCGCUUUGUGCGCCGUGUCAAUGGCAGCGUGCUGAAGAUGCCACUGAUGGGCCGCGAGUGCAUCACUGGCACCAGUGGCGGCAUAUGCUGCCGCAAGCGCACCGCCGACGGCCUGGCCGCGACCGGUACCGCCGCAGCGGUGUGCGCAGCGCAGUCCGGAGAGCAGCGCAUGCCGCCUGUUACACCCCUGGCGGCAUCCUCGGCGCGGGCAGGUGCCAUGGAGGGCCGUAGCCAGUGGGGAGAGACGCUUCAGCGCCACGCCGCCGAGCAGGCCGCCGCCCGCGCCAAGCGCCUGAACGCCCCGCCGGCCGCCAGCCGCUGCCUCAAGGGCGACGCCACGGGCGUGGACACUGCCGUCGGCGCCACCAUCUAUACGGCCUGCGCAUCGCCGCCGCCGUCGCCGCGCGUUGAUUGCGCACCACUGCCGGGCUUCUCAACGCGCCCCGAGAGCGCGUCUGCCCAGCACGGCCCGCUCGGUGCGGGCGCGUUCGGACCUGGGCUGCCUCCGCGCGCGUUUGUGCCGAUGAUUGGCGGCGCCGUGCCGCCCCUGAAUGCGGCGGCGCGCGUUGGCUGGGCAGCCUGA